AUGACAUCACGGAAUAUUGUAAUGGCUUUAAGCAAAUUAAAGCCAGAUGUUUACGAAAAAUCAAUAAUUUUUUUAAAGGAUUUCAUCGAAAUUAUGACACACUUAGAAGUAGGAAAUAAAAGAUCUUGGAAACCCUCUCAGUGUGGUUCUAUAUUAUCAACUACAUCAAUAUUAGAUCUUCAAAACAUAUAUUUAAAUGAAAAAGGAUUUCACUUUCUACUUACAUCUAGAUUUACUCAAGAUUGCUUGGAAAAUCUUUUUAGUGUUUUAAGAGCUAAAAAUAUUAUUCCUAAUGCCUUGCAAUUCAAAAACGAUUUAAAGUUAAUAUCUGUAUCUCAGUAUCUUAAAGAUGUGUCUAGAGGUAGCUAUGAUGAAGAUGAUCGAAACAUUUUAUCAGGAUUUAUAUGUUUUAGAUAA